GAAAGGCUAUCUGAAAGUGAGAUCUCUGCAUCUUUUGGCAUCUAACAUUGAAAAUGCUUAAGAUAGCCUUGUUGCUCUUGGCCUUGGCUGUGAUUCAAUUUUCCCAGGGAUCGUCUACCAUGGAAAACAAUCGCAGAGUGAAACGAGGCAGUACGAUUCGUAUGUGUGGAAAAAAUCUUGUUCAGACCCUCAGCCUCUUUUGUAACGGAGAAUAUUAUGAUCCCAAUGAAAAUAGCAACGUGCAGACAAGGGAUGCACGAUACUCAUUGGAGGAUCCUAUCCAGAUUUGGAUAGCUACUACUCUCUCUUCCAUAUAUCGGGACGAAGCUGGUUCUAAGACUGUUCCGGAACACAUUCCUACUUCCCACCUCUUCAAACGAUAUGGACAGGGAGGGAUUGUCGACGAAUGCUGCAGAAAAGCUUGUACUCCCUCUGUUCUCCUUUCUUACUGUAGACAUCCUAAUUAGAUGAUUUGAAAGAUAAUACUUACUAAUGGCAUAUUAACGUUUGUAAUUUCAUUUCUCUUUUAUUAUCUACAAGCUGCUGUUUCUCAAAGAGAUUCUCUUCAAUGAUUUUCACUCAACAUUUCAUUAGAAGAAAAAAGGGGGUUGAAACAUACUUUAAUUUGCUUUCAUUUUUUCAUUUUAGA